CAGCGACGACCUCUCACACCAACAGUUCAACAUCUUUCCCGCCAUCUUCAGCAGGCAAUUGAAUUUCAACGCCUGUCCUCAGAGCAAAGCCAUGAUGGAUGAAUUGAGGCCAAAUCUGGUCGGCGUGGGGAACCUCCUCGGUGUAGGGGGACUGCUGGACGAGCAUCACAAUCACUUGACUAGUGCCAGCAACAAUGUAGAUAAGUCGGGGAGUACCAGGAAAUGCAAUAGUACCAGCGGGUCGUCUGCGGAGGAUUUCAGUGCUAUAUAUGGAGGGUUGCCUCAUUCACACGAACACCAUCACACGCCGGCUCACACGCCUCCGUCGGCGGGAAGGUCUAUAAGUGAUCACAACGACGGAGCCUUCAAGAAAUUAAAACCAGAGCCCCAGACAACUUCAACAGGCACCUCUCUAGGAACCGUAUCUCCAUCGGGGGGUCCUCAGCACGCCGGUCACACACCUACCACUGCCUCCUGUCCCACACCCGCCCGCCGAAGGCACCGCACCACAUUCACGCAAGAACAACUCGCCGAACUGGAGGCGGCCUUCGCCAAAAGUCACUACCCCGAUAUCUACUGCAGGGAGGAAUUGGCGAGGAGUACGAAAUUAAAUGAAGCCAGGAUACAGGUAUGGUUCCAGAACCGGCGGGCGAAAUACCGCAAACAAGAAAAGCAACUACAGAAAGCGCUGGCCCCCAGCGUUCUGCCCGGCUGCAACGGCGCCAUGAUGCGGAACAUCUAUCCGGGGGCGGCGCGAGGGUAUCAGCCCUAUCCGCAUCCCACGGCCAUCAACAGAUAUCCCCAGAUGACUACAAGCUCCUACCCAGGGAUGGCCCAGUCAUUCUCUAUGUCUCACGGUACUAAUAUGAGCACAGUGGCUGGAAUGAGGCAAGAUGCAAUGAGUAUGUCUGCAGAAGACGAAUGGUACAACAAAAGCCUAUCCGCUCUGAGAAUGAAUUCCAGUCACCACCCGAAUUUGGCAGCACCCAUGCUGCAAUAUCAAACGUAAUAAAAAACCAUUUUAACCCAGGUAUAUGCAAAGUGAAUUUUGAAUAUCAAAAUGAGAAAGGGGCAUUUUCAAAGUACCUAAAUAUCUGAUAAGACAGAACCCGAUGUGUGUACAUCAUUAUCAUUGAAUGGGUCGAAUUCAAACCUACCUUGGAAGAAAAACAAAUGUUCCAUGAAAUUGGUAGUUUAUGAAAAAAUAGUCACUGAAAUGGGGACACCAAAUUUUAUAGAAAUCUAGGAAAUAUAUCACAUCAUAUGAACGCAGGUGCUCAAUCUAUUGCAUUUAAGGACGAAUAUGUGAUCAUGUUAUAUCUACUCAGUCAGUCAUUCUUUCAUUUAUUCAUUCAGUGAUUCAUGAAUAUAAUGGCUCCUUAACUUGAUGAAACUAUCCAAUUUUCAUACUAUAAAUUUUAUUUGAGACGCUACACAGUAGCUUCAUCAUUGGACUGGUGGUCUACUGUGUAGCGAAAUGCGUCUUAAAUAAAAUGUAUUUAUUCACGUAUUCAUUUAUUAAUUCAUUUUCUCGUUUGUUGAUCAUAAAUGAAGUAACAUAAUUUCAUUCACAAACUUGCUCUACUAUUCGAGGUCUUGCGACUGUCUUCAGGAACCAUGAAUCAUAUACGGGUAUAUACGGGACUCGUGGUGUUCACCUUCUGAAAUUUCAUAAGAUGUGUUAACAUUCCUCAACUUCAUUAAAUUGAAAAAUUAAACAGCCAAUUUGAAACAAUUUUCUUGGUGGCAAUCAACAAAAUGAUUCGUUUAUACAGAACGAUUUAUUAGGUAAGUUUGUAAGAUAUCUUUUAAUGGUUACCAAAUUGAACUUCGAAUCUCACCGUCAGAAACUCGUUCGUUUUCCACAACCACAUAAGUGCACUUAGAAUGGCAAAAAAUAUUGAAUUCGUUUAGAGAUGAAAUAUCUUUAUUUCGAUAAAUACAAUAAAAUGUUAUUCAGAAAAGUUGAUCAGAAUUGAAAGCUAUACCCAGAUUCCAAAACAUGGCCUUCCAUUCAAAUAUUCAUUGUUUUUUGGGAAAAUUUGAGUUACUCUGUGAUAUAUUCUUUCAGUGUCCUGAAUCAUUACAUAUCCAAAGUAGCCACUAAUCCAAUCACUUUGGUACAGUUUUCCUUAACAUGAAGCUCUUUAAAUGAAUUCACUUGGAUUUAUAUUUUUCAAGUAACCGUCAAAUUCAUCUUUGUUGCAAUGACAUUAAAAGUGGGUAAAGAAACAUAAAAUGAGAAAUAAAAUGAAAUGAAGCAAGAAGUAAAAUAACAACGUAUCCCUUUAUGAAAAAGUAAGAUGGAAACUAGAAAUAACUAUCGACCAAUCAUAUCGAAGUAAUUUUGUUGGCAGCAUAUUUAUAUCUUUGUAUAUUGACUAACCUCUAUAUGUUGGCAGCAGACGGCACGAUUUUGAAAAGAAAAGGCGAGUUCUUAAAUUCAACAGAAAAUUUCUGGUUCAACCAAUAAAAACACGCCACGAAUGAACCAAAAGACGAAUCAAUCGCUGAAUUUAGGAACUCGUCUAGCUUUGUAAGUUAUAUUAUUUCUAUUCAAAUCACCAAGAAUUUUGAGAAAAAAUGAUUGAUGUUGGCUUGCCUAUUGAACAAGUUUAGAGGUUUCUACGGUUAUGUUAUAAAAUAGACCGAAGAUUCCAAAAUAAAUGUUGAAAGAAGAACGUAAAAAGACAACAAUUUUAAUCUGUACUUUUUCUCUAAAAAUUAUAUUUCAGCUCCUGUUUGUUAACACAAAACACAAGCAUUGAACUCAAUAUCUUCGUCCAUCAACAUUUUGAUUAGCUUCUUUCAAAAUAAAAACAAAUUGAGUAGGUGCACAAGUUAAAGUGGGGUUAUGGACACGAUGUAUUGACGCAUGCCCAAAAAAAUGUCUAUAUACAAUAAGUAAGAAGAUGGAAAACGUUUAUUAGCUUGUUGCUUAUUCCUUACUUCAGCUUAUUCAAUUCAUGAACGUUCUACUUCGAAAAUGUAUAUUCUACUUCCUUACUUCACUUCAUUUUAUUUCUAAUGUUUUAUUUUUUUGGGUGUCAUCGGCAUCGACUACAUUGGUUAUUAGCCUCGUGUCCUGGGUAGCAAGGUUAAUAACUUCCCGAGCCACCUAACGAGCAUCAUGGCUAUUCGCAGUCCGUCAGCCAUUAACAUUGCAGAAUCAUCCCAGAUUCAACUAAAUAAAUUCUUUUGAGAAAAAUAUCUGGUCGAGGUAUUUUAUGUAUGCAAGAAACACCUCAUUGUGAGAUUUGUUACACUUCAUUGUGAGAUUUUCACUGAACGGUUUUACAAAAACGCAGCCCGUGUUUCGCUAUACAAUAACUUCUUCAGGCGUGUAUGUGCACGAUCUGACAUGAGAAAACAUCGGCGCUCGAAAAGUCAACACUUGGCGGUUUUGCCACAUAAUACGUUACAGAAGAGACAAUACUCUGGCGCCACAUUAAUGUUAAGAGGUUUAGUUUCUGUGACCUAUUUUCUGUCCAUAAUAUCACAAAACUUUCAGGUUGACAAUUAUCAUCCUUUAGGUUCUCAUCUGUCGAUAAAGUUCAUGAUUCCUGGUUAAGUUACCUAAGGCAUAAUUAUUUUGAUUUGUGAGGGUGGAACGGCAUCCAGGAAAAAAGUUCACUAUUCAACCCAAACAGUUUGUUCGCAUAUCAAGGUUGUGUAAAUGUCAAAAAUAUAUGAAUGCGUACUAUUCCGACUAUUCACAAAUUAGCCACAAGCAGAACCAGCCUGUUAGGCAUCAUCGAACCGGGCGGACGGUCCUCGCUUGAAGAUGAACUAUGAAAAACCAAGACGAGUAUAUUUUUUCUUCUUCAUGCAUAUUUUUUAUGAUAUUAUUAUGACGCUAUGCAUCAUAGUCAAAAUUUCCAACAUAUCCUAUACGUACUUAUGAUACCUACAUAUUAUGCUUCAUGUUAUUUUACGUUUAUACAACGUCUAAAAUUUGGACAUAUCACUCCAAAAAACGUAUUACGGAAAAGUUAUCAUGAUGCUGUCCAUCAUUUUCAAAACGAAAAUCUGACGUUCCUUUGACGUAUAAUGAAAAAGAAUGUUUACCAGGUAGUAUUAAAGAGCUUGAAGCAUCCAUAACAUUUUAUGGAGCAAGGGUUUUUACGAUCAUAAUAAAUUUCAAUUCUGAUCAACUUCUCUAAAUAAAAUUUUCUUGGAUAAUUUUAGAUGACGGUACUUUAGUAUUGGACGAAUAAAAUAUUUUUUAACCUGUUCUAUAUGUUGUUUGACUUGAAGCUAUUCUAAGUGCAUCUAAUAUGUUUAUCAAACAUGCACUAAAUUUUGGCGGUAUUCAAAGUUCGAUUGUGCAAUUAAUAAAAAAAAUCCCGUUUAUAACCGUUGCUGCUAAAUAUUUCAGUAAAUGAUGAUGAGAAUACAAUUUAUUUUCUUUAAAUAUGGAUUUGUAUUCCUUUGAUAGCAAAUGGCAAUGUAAAGUCGAUUUUUUACGUCACUUGAUUUUGCCCUGUUAAGUGAAUAAAUCAUUUCCCAGAGAAAUAUUAUUAAUGAUAUCACAACAUUUCGAUGGAAUAUUUUAACCUUCUCAUGCCACUGGAAAAGUGGCAUGAGAACGGCUAUAUGUGAAUUUUUUUCACCACUUCUUUUCUCACUUCUUCAUUGAAGAUAAAUGUGUAUUUCAGCACAAUAUACGAUUGGCGCUCUUGA